AUGGAGCAAGCAUCUAAGAAUAACCUUUCAACCAAAACGCAUGCAGUGGUGACAGGAGGAAACAAGGGCAUUGGUUUUGAGAUAUGUAAACAGUUGGCUUCUAAAGGGAUAACCGUGGUUCUAACCUCCAGAGAUGAGAAGAAGGGCCUUGAAGCUGUUGACAAAAUCAGAUCAGACCAUGAUAAUGAUAUUACUUUUCACCAGCUUGAUGUCACUGAUCCCUCCAGCAUAGCUUCUCUCGCUCUUUUCAUCAAAACCCAGUUUGGAAAACUUGAUAUCUUGGUGAACAAUGCAGGGAUCAGUGGAAUCAUUUUAGACUACAAUGCGCUGGCAAAAGCUAGUGAAGCUGCCGGCGGCGGAUGGCCGGCUGGGAAGCAUGUGGAUUGGAGUAAAAUGGCUAUCCGGAGUUAUGAACUGGAAGAAGCGUGCCUGAAAACCAACUACUAUGGUACCAAAAGGACCACUGAAGCUCUUCUUCCCCUCCUCUGCUUAUCUCAAUCUGCAAACAUUGUCAAUGUUUCAUCUUUGUUGGGAUUAUUGCAGAACAUAGAAAGUGAAAGAGUUGAAGCAGUGUUUGGUUGUGACGAUGUUGAGGAGAUUACAAUGGAGAAAAUGGAUAAUUUAAUAAAUGAGUUCUUAAGAGAUUGCAAGGAAGACAAGCUAGAAGCCAAUGGGUGGCCACGUUCUGCUUAUCAGCUGUCAAAAGCAGCCAUGAACGCCUACACAAGGAUUCUUGCCAAACAAUAUACAAGCAUUUGCGUAAAUUCUGUUAGUCCUGGUUUCGUCAAGACCGACAUAAAUGGCGGACUUGCCUCGCUAACGGCUGCUGAAGGAGCUGAGUUUGCCGUGAGGUUGGCUCUGCUGCCAAGUGGAAGUCCUUCUGGCUGCUUCUUUAAGAAGUUAGAGCAGACAUGCUUUUGA